GCUUCAUUUGUCCUACCCCCUAUAGGAGCAAUUGCGAGGUGUGGCUCGCAUAUGAACAACACGGGAUGAGUACAUAAUCAAGGGGUGUAAUCUGCCUCUUCCUGGUACUAUUUUAUGAAAUUUGUGUGAAAAACUAAGACAAUGGCUGCUAUAAGGAAAAAGUUGGUUAUCGUUGGAGAUGGUGCUUGUGGAAAGACGUGUCUGCUCAUAGUAUUUAGCAAAGACCAGUUCCCUGAAGUCUACGUCCCAACUGUGUUUGAGAACUAUGUAGCUGAUAUAGAAGUAGACGGUAAACAAGUUGAGUUGGCAUUAUGGGAUACAGCAGGUCAAGAAGACUACGACAGACUGAGACCGCUCUCAUAUCCAGACACAGACGUUAUACUCAUGUGCUUUUCAAUUGACAACCCAGACAGUUUAGAAAACAUCCCAGAAAAAUGGACACCAGAGGUGAAGCACUUUUGCCCUAAUGUACCUGUCAUCUUGGUCGGUAACAAGAAAGAUCUUCGAAAUGAUGAUGCCACAAAACGGGAACUGAGUAAGAUGAAGCAGGAACCGGUGAAAUUUAAUGAUGCCCAGACCAUGUCAGAUAAGAUCAACGCCUACAAAUACCUAGAAUGCUCAGCCAAGUCUAACGAUGGUGUCCGGGAAGUGUUUGAGACGGCAACCAGAGCAGCACUACAAGUCAAAAAGAAGAAGUCAUCAAAAUGCAGCAUCUUUUAAGAGAAAGUCUUCAUGCAAGCAAGCUGGCAAAGCAUGGUAGUGGUCAACAAGAGGUCCUCAAAAGAAUAAAUGCAUUUAAUAUACAUGUAUGUGUUUGGGGGACAGAGCGAUUAUGUAAUAUUUCUGGAUGUGCUUUGAAGGUCAAAGAGAGCAGCGGUAGUGCCAGCAUACUUUGUUUAAUUGCUGUCGUGAUAAUAAGAGGCAAUCGGCUUAAUUUGUAGUUGCAGAUUUAACGAAACCACUUUUCUUUCCUUUUCCCUUGAAGAGUUGCUGGUGUCAUGUGUUAUGUCCAGUCAAGAUCAAGAACAACCUCAACUUAAGCAUGUCUCUUUUGUAUAUUUACAAGAGCGUUUAUGGCUUCAAGUUACAAAGAGAAGCAGUCAGGUUUGUUUGAUGUAUACAGAAAAUGACAAAGUUGUUUUGCUAGUCAAGGAAAGAGACAAAAAUAUUUUGAUUUCUAACUGAGGAAGGUGUAAACCGUAAGGAUCAUAUGAAAUUGAAACUUGAAGAUUGUUGCAAAAUUUGUAUCGUCUAUUUUGGGGUAACUAAACUGCAUUUGUUCUAAUUAAUUAACAAUAAAUGGUCUGAUAUUUGUCCUACAGCUUGUAUUCUAGUUUCAGAGGGAGGAAUUAAAUAAGUAAUUGGUUGAAAAAAUAGUGCGAUUCAUCAUAUGAUAAACACACAAAUAGGGAAGCUGGCCACCAAGUUUAUGACAUCGAUUGUUUUAAGCAAUUUCUAAUAUGGAAAUCAGAGCAUUUUGUUUCUUUUCUUGGGAGUUUCUUCAUUGGAGAUACUACAUGAACAUGACCAUGUAUCCGCAAUUUGCUUCUUUGGAAAGAGUUUCAACAUGCGAACACCCCCAGAAAUCACAUAACGGUAUAUUUAUUGACGUGAAAUUUGUAAAAUUUAAACUUAUUGAUGUGGGACAUGUGCACUUCUUGAUUUAAUAUUUCGGGAUUUUUCUUUUUUCCCAAAGGGUUACUAUUCUAUCUAUUCACCUGCACUAGCCUAUUUGACCUUCAUCCUGUAUGCCAUCCGCUGUUGGUCAUACCGUAGCACUCCGAGUGUGUGUGAAGGUGUGCAUGCCACCGGAUGGCAUCCAACUAUCCAUUGCUCUAGCAGGAUUACAUAUUGUGGACACGAACCCAUUCAGAGACUAUCACUGAAUGCUGUUGGCUGUUUCACUGAGUGCUCUAUGCAAGUAGGUUUUAAUUGGUCAGUGGCCAAUUUGCAUUUGGAGGUUCCUCGAUCCUCUCUCUGUGCAUUGUGUCACGACUGACUAUGACAGGAAGGACAUCCUGUCAGGCAUUCCAGCAAUUCCAUUUGUAAAAAACAAAAAACAGAUAAUGAAAUUAAAUGAAAUUUUAAACAGGGAAGGAAGGAUAUUAAAAGCAUGUACACGUAGGAUAUGAAAUCCUCUUGAUAGGACAUGGUGCGUGGCAUGUUCCCUGUAUGUCUGCACCGAUGUAAAUUACUGUAAAUUCUGAAGAAAAAAAAGGAGAGAAUGCGAGAUUGCUUCUCAACAGAUUUAUAAAUGGGUGCUUUUUCGUCGUUUGUUUGCAUUAUUCAUUAGGUUUUUGGAAGACUUUCAUAGGGUAAAAAUGUAACUUAUCAAAAUGUGUUAGAAUUUGGCUGUAUGGGAAGUGGAAUGGCUAUUUACUUGUGUAAUUGGUGUACAGUUAGCACAAUGAAUGUAGACUACAAGGUAGGAACCUAACUGGGUUGACUAUGAGUUUUAAAUGCAUUUAUGUGGUACUGAAUUUAUUUUAUUAGAAGAAACAAAAAUAGUCUCUGGCUAUGAUCUUCAAAUGACCUCUCUGGGCAGUCGGGCUCUACCAUGUUGAUUUUUAAGAUAAACACAAGUUGUUGAUCUUGAAUGUGAAAGUAGUUUGAUGAAAAUUUCAGCUCGUAAGAAAGCUGACCUCUCUCUGUGAUCUCAGAGUCAACGACCAUUUAGCACCUAUGUCCGAACAAACGGGAAUAUUUGAUUGACCAAGGGGCAAUGAUAGUUGUUGCACAGCGUUUGCAAAACGAUAUUAUAUACACUGUACAUUGUUUUUAUACGAGUUCUGUCGUAAAUAACUAGUACAAGUAAACUGUGGUAGUUGUGUGUUAGUGUAUAAUGAUUGUGAAUCUUCAAGACUAAAUUUAAGAAAACGUGAUGAAUAUGGCAAUGAUAGCAGUCAACGUACACCAAGACUCCAUUGUCUAUAUCUCUAUCGUAAUCCCCAUGCACUGCUCGUCCUCCAUGUCUAAUAAUUGUAUCAUUCACAUAUACUUAUAUUUAUGGGAUAUGUUAUUUUGUAGACCCUGCACACUACUUGCUCAGUUGAUGUGAGGCUUACGACAUACUUGCAGGAGCUUUGCUAAUUUGUUAUGUUUAUCUUUGUUUGUAAAUGACGGCAGUGUGUUGGUCACUCGACGAGUCCAUUCCAUGCAAACUGUUCUCUGAAGGGCCUUGUUUCAUAAAACCUGCUUCUAAAUAACAGCUAUCAUAUUAAUCGUAAUAAUGUAACAAAUUUUCUCACAGUCACUCAAGUUCAGUUUCACUCGGUUAACUUGAAUCGCUUAUUGUAACAUUUAUAAGAAGUUCUAUGAAACAUGGCCCAGUUAUAUGUAAGCAACUUGCCUUGGGGAAAAGUUGAACAGACUUUACCUCCAAACAGCAAAAGCAAUUAUUCCAUUUCUACAAGGAUCAAAGAAAGCGGAUUAUUAAAGAAAAAACAAAGAAAGAUGAAACAGUAAUCGAAAUCGAAGAUACAUGUAUUUGUUUUGGCAUACAUGUAUUUGCAGUGAAAUUAUUUCUAGAAUAAUAAUGAUAAUUGUUUUUGCUGUUUAAUGGUAUGAUGUGAUUCCUACAACCCUUUCAAUGUCAUUUUCUUCUAUAAUUGCUUGGAAUUUAAGUGCUGUUUUGUAUUUACAAAUGUGUGUGCCUAUUGUUUCAACAAGUUUGACUGUUUGAUCGAUAAUUUGCAGAAUGAUGAGGACAGAAACUUGGCUACUUUGAUUCUGUCCAAAUGUAAAGCAUAAAGAGUGAUUUCUGCAUUUUCAUCAGUCGAAAAUGUCCUUACUGUUUUUGAGCUUCUUUUCCAUGUUACAUACUAAUGAAAACUUCUAUGCUUUAUGCCAGACAACUGUCUCCUUUAUGUUUAUGUAUAUUAUCCCCUUAAAUUAAAUAGAAUUGAUUUAGACUUAUUUCUAUUUACCUUGAUUUAUCUCAAGCUACUAAUGGCAAGGUUCAUUCAUAGAUUAUUGUUAACUGGAUAGUGAAUGAUGGGGUUAUAUAUUUUUGUCUUCGUGGAAAAUAAAGGGCUUCAGAGAAAAUAUCAAACUUAAAAAAAUAAAUAUGACAUGAAAUAGUUCUCAGUUUGUAAAUAACAAAAGGUUUGUGAUAGGUUUCAGUUAACCUUUCAAAUCUCCCAUAAAAUAAGUUUGGAAACUUGCUGAUUAUUGAUUUAAACUAUUGAAUUUUAGAAUAAAUUAGCUGCAAGGUAUUAUUAUGCUCAUAUUGAUGAGAUAGUUACAGUGUUAAAUUCUCUGAGUAAUCUGCUUUAUGUAUGUUUUCCCCUGUCGUGUCUUUUGUUAGAAUGUGAUGAAAGAGGACUAAACUGCGUCAUAUUUUUCCACUUUUUCUUCAUGUAUUAAUAGUUAUUGAAAAAGAUGUUGUACUAACUAAGCUCUGCAUAGACUACUGACUUGUGACAUUUCUUGGUAUAUUUGUGAAUUAACUAUUACAUACAAAUUUAAAGUUUAGAAGGAAAAAAAACACCCACUUGUACAUGACCUGCACAAAACGAUGCUUUGUUAGCUUAUAAGUACAAAUGGCCAACAGUGUGUUGUCUUUGUGCCUGCGUAUAUAUAUAUUUUAUAUACAUAUUCCUUCUUUUUUCUUUUUUUUCUUUUUUCUCACUUUUUGAAUUUUUCAGUACUGGAGUUUUAAAGUGGAAGAUAUGUAAUCCUUAAAUAAAGAGUAUCUAGAAUGUAGUUGCUUUUAAUAGUCAAGUAUUAAUCUUGGCAAAUGGAAAAUAUUCUAGAUAAAUGCAUAUUAUAAUCUUGUGUAUAACAUGCUCUCUCAGCGUGAUGAAAAUGACUUGUGUAUUUUAUUUCCUUUUUCAUUUUCUAUUUAGAAGUAGUAUAUAGUGUCAUGUAUUAGAAUAUAUAUAAAACUCUCUCUAUCUCUCAAAACGUUGCAGUAGAGCAAUUCUGUUGACGUUCCUUUUCUUGAUCAAUGUUUUGCUAUUAUUCUUAUGGAUCAACUGAGCAGAAUACAUGUGCAUAUGAUUAAUAAAUUACAGAAGUAUGUGGAGUCAUA